AUGGAAUGGAGGGAUCUGGUAUUAUACACAGUACGUCUGAAAAGUUCGCGAAUUAAAUUUAUCUAUGGUUUAUAAAUAGCGUUGUCUAUCAUACGUAACCAAAGCAUCAAGCAGUACAAAGUCUAACGAAUAUGUGUAUACAAAAUCAGCACAUUUGGUUUCUUCAAGUUUCGAGUUACGUUUGGCAGUGUACGGUGUGUUCGGGGUACUUUGUACGAGCUCGCAACACGGGGAAUCGUGGAACAAAGAAGCGCAUUACAAAUUUGCGUUCGCCUUCAAACAUGGUUUACAGAAACUUAUUAUACAAUACAACAAGCAUUCGGCAAUGAAGCUACGUCUCGUACAACUUAUACGUGGCGGAAGCGAUUUAAAAACGGUCAAGGGUCUUUGGGUGACGAUGAACAAAAUGAAAGGCAAUCAACAGCUGUUCAAGACGAAAAUGUUUCGAAAGUGCGUACGCCGCUGCUCAGUUUUCAUAACAUCUGGAAAAAACCCAGAAUAA